GAGGAGCCUGCUCGGCCAGGAGACUGCGCAUGCGCUCGGGGGCGAAAGGCUCCGGAGGGUCGGCGGCAGGACAGAAAAUGCACAGGAUUUGUGUUCGGCAAUCUCAAGCACAACAAUUCGAUCUGCUGUAUCGGCCAUCACCUGAGCACCGUUUGUCUGUGAGUGUGGUGGAAGCGAAGCCGAAGAAGACAGCACACCAGUCGCAGCGAGUAGAAUCCGAACCCGUGGGGGAGAGGCCGUUCGCUUGCUCUAUGAGAUUUGGAUAAACCCACCUGGAGUGAAACCUGGUAAAGCACCCAGUUAUUGACGAAGAAGACAGAUAUUUCCUUUGUAGCACCAGUGUAUCAGUUGUUGACCCUCAGUGAAAUCCAGUGGAACCGGGGUGCUGAGAACACAAUAGAUCGGAUCACUGGAGAUCAGCUCUUCAUUGACUGUGCGAGGAUUCACCACAUCUGACAUCUGAUUUUAUGAAUUGACAGCAGGGAGAUAUCAUUCACUUGCUCUUAAUGUGGAAAGGGAUCCUCUCAGUCAGCCCACCCACAGAAACACCAGUGAGUUCACACUGGGCAAGGGCCACUCACCUGCUCUCUGUCUGGGGGGGGGGUAUGUUCAGACAUCCAGGUACAACAGUGAGUUCAUACCAUAGUUAAACAGUUCACCUGUUCUAACUGGAAUGUGAUUCAUACUGUCAUCCACGCUGAGGCCACAUCAAACGUUUCUCACCGAUGAGAGGCUGUUUGGAUGAAGAGGUUCACUUUCUCAGUCCACCCGCGGAGCAAUCCGUGAGUUUUGUGUGCAGAGAUCUCACUGAUCUCACAUGAUGAGUCAGUCGGGGGAGAGACCGUUCACCUGCCCCGAUUGUGGCAAGGGAUUCACCCAGUCCAGCCACCUACACACACACCAGUCAGUCCACACUGGAGAGAGACCGUUCGCCUGCUCAGAUUGUGGGAAGGAAUUCACUCAGUUGUCCAACCUGCAGAAACACCAGCGAGUUCACACCGGAGAGAGGCCGUUCACCUGCUCCGAAUGUGGGAAGGGAUUCAUUCAGUCAUCCCACCUACAGACACACCAGUCUGUUCACACUGGGGAGAGACCGUUCACCUGCUCAGACUGUGGGAAGCGAUUCACGCAGUCAUCUAAUCUGCAGAAACACCAGCGAGUUCACACUGGGGAGAGGCCGUUCACCUGCUCCGAAUGUGGGAAAAAAUUUAGUAACUCAUCCAGCCUGAUGGACCACCAGCGAGUUCACUCUGGGGAGAAGCCGUUCACUUGCUCUGAAUGUGGGAAGGGAUUCACUCAAUUAUCUAAUCUGCGAGCCCACCGGCGGGUUCACACCGGGGAGAGACCGUUCACCUGCUCCGAUUGUGGGAAGGGAUUCAAUUAUUCGUCCAACCUGAUGAACCAUCAGCGGGUUCACUCCGGGGAGAGGCCAUUCACCUGCUCUGAAUGUGGGAAGGGGUUCACUCAAUUAUCUCACCUGCAGGCACACCAGCGAGUUCACACUGGGGAGAGACCGUUCAUCUGCUCAGACUGUGGGAAGAGGUUCAGUAACUCAUCCAACUUGAUAAUGCACCAACGUGUGCACACAGAGGAGAGGCCAUUUUCCUGCUCUGAAUGUGGGAAGGGAUUCAUUAAUUCAGGCCAGCUAGAGACACACCAGUCAGUUCACACUGGGAAGAGACUGUUUGGCUGCUCUGAAUGUGGGAAGAGAUUCACUCAGUUAUCCAAUCUGCAGAAACACCAGCGAGUUCACACUGGGGAGAGACCAUUCACCUGCUCUGAAUGUGGGAAGAAAUUCAGUAACUCAUCCAACCUGAUGAUGCAUCAACGUGUUCACACUGGGGAGAGGCCGUUCACUUGCUCUGAAUGUGGGAAGGGAUUCACUCAAUUAUCUAAUUUGCAAGCCCACCAGCGAGUUCACACUGGGGAGAGACCAUUCACCUGCUCUGAAUGUGGGAAGAACUUCAAUAACUCCUCCAAUCUGAUGAAGCACCAGCGAGUUCACUCUGGGGAGAGACCGUUCACCUGCUCUGAAUGUGGGAAGGGAUUCACUCGAUUAUCUCAUCUGCAAGCACACCAACGUAUUCACACCGGCGAGAGACCGUUCACCUGCUCUGAAUGUGGGAAGACAUUCACUAACUCAUCGACUGUAGUGAGGCACCAGCGGGUUCACUCUGGGGAGAGGCCAUUCACCUGUUUUGAAUGUGGGAAGGGAUUCCCUCAAUUAAUUAAUCUGAAAGCACACCAGCGGGUUCAUAACAGGGAGAGACCGUUCGCCUGCUCUGAAUGUGGGAAGGGAUUCAUUCAAUUAUCUGAUCUGAAAGCACACCAGCGGGUUCAUAACAGGGAGAGACCGUUCGCCUGCUCUGAAUGUGGGAAGAGUUUUACUCAGUUAGGCAACCUGCAGAAACACCAAUGCGUACACACGGGAGAGACUGGUCACCUCUGAAUGUGGGGAAGGAUUCAUUCAGUCAGUCAAGUCACUUACAGACACACCAGUCAGUUCAUUCUGGGGAGAGACUGUUCUGCUCAGACAGUGGGAAGAAAUUCAGUAAUUCAUCCACUCCAUUGAGACACCAAGUUAACUCUAGGGAGUUGCUGUUCGCCUGCUGUGAAGGUGGGAAGGGAUUCACUCAGUUAUCUCACCUGCAAGCCCACCAGCGAGUUCACUCUGGGGGGAGAUCUGCUCUGAAUGUGGGAAGUGAAUGAGUCAAUCAUCCAGCCUUGUGAUCCUCUCUGUGUACACAUGCUGGAUGUUUAGCCAACACACUGGCUGAAUGCAGAGGCAAGUUCAGCAGCGACAAUUCAGGUUAGACUGCUAUUAUUGCCCCUGCUCGUCCCACCCAGUUCUGCACCCUGGUCAGUGGACAUGGGAGGAGUUGCUUCCUCUGACAUUGACCUUUAAUGGUUCUGGAGUUUAAUAUUCUGGAUCUAUGACAAAUAAACCAGUUUUGAAAUUAUUUUGGGAAUUAAGUAAAUGCACAACAGAACCAGUAUUAAAUAGUGUGUCAACUCAGCCCAGUUGGACCCAGACAGUGUUUCUAUUCCACCACAGAGCGUUUAUAUCUAUCCCUGCUCUUCACCUCCCUGUGGCGAUGGAUUCCAAAUUGACACCACUCUGUGAGUGAAGAGCUUUCUCUUGAAUAUCCUACUUCAAGGAAAUUCACCGGGAGACUUUCUACACACUGAUGAGGACAAGGUCAGUGCAAUUAUAUCUGAGAUAAUCCCCGUGGAAUACUUGGAAUGUUCCCCAGGGCUCAGGUAUCCUCUCAGAGUCCAAAGAUUAUACCGGUUAGUAGGUUAAUUGAUCAUUGAAAAUUGUCCUGUGAUUCGGUCAGGGUCAAUUGGGUUUGUUGGGGUGACGUGGCUCAAAGAUCGACAAGAGCCUACACUGCAUUGUUUCACUAAAUAAAAUCUCUGGGCUGAGGUAGAAUGACGUUGGUUAUUAAACUCCUUACCUGCUCUUUUCAGCGUAAUGGGUCAUUUUCCAGAUUUACCAAGGGCCGUGUGUCACACAGCUGGGUUGUUACAAUGCUCCACUGCCCUCUGAAGCCUGAAAGCAGUCCGGGGAAUCAUUGAUUGGAUGUUCAAUUGAGCAGGGUCGGAAACCAGAGACGGGUCAGUAGGGGGCAGGGUUUGGAACUCUGGACACACAUAUAUCAGAUUUAUUCAGGCAUCAGAGCUGGGAGGGGCCUUUCAGCUGCUUUAAAUGAAUGAAGGGAAUUCCUCAGUCAUCCCACCUGCUGAAAUACCACUAAAUUCACACAGGGGAGGCAGUUAAGUAACAUUGAAUUUUUAACCCCCACAUUUGGUGAGUUUAGCUGCAAGUUCGUUGGUGAGUGUUGGUGUCAGAUUGCUGCUCUGCGUCACACGUGGAACAGAAUGUUGGUCUCUGGGCAGAGGAUGGGUUUGGUUUGUUGACAUUGGAUUUAAUUUGACUGGAGUUUAAUAUUUUGAAUCUGUGAUGAAUAAACCAGUUCAAUUGUAA